AACUAUCUGUCUCUAUUCUAUCGUCUGAUUUGCCCGCCCCCCCCCCCCCCCCCCCCCCCCGGUCCGAACGCGCCUCCGGCAUCCUCCCCCCGGUCCGACGCGCCCCCGGCAGCCCCAUCCCUGAAUCCGCGUCUGCUUCCUCCCGCCUAAUCUCAUCCUCCCCGCGACCCGCCCCUGAAUCCCAGUCCGCCACGCCGCCUCCCCCUGUCUGCCGCGCCCGGCGUCUCCUUCCGCCUCCCUCGGUCCGCCGCGCCUCCUAGUAAGGAAUCAUGGACAUAGACGAGGAGAAUACAGUCACUACUUCAGCUACUGCUUCAGUUUCACCUGCUGGGGAUGAACCCAUGGAUUCUGCUAUCAAUGCAAUGUCACUUCAACCGGUUCAGCCUGCAAUUGCACCCACUGCUCCAACCCCAGUGAUACCUCCUAUUGCCCCAAUACCUACUGCACCUCACUCAGUUCCGAGACCAUUGGCUCCAAUACCUGUCCGCCCUCCGGUCCAUAGGCCUCCUCCACCAAAGGGAGAUACAAGAACUAGUGAUUCUGAUUCUGAUGAGGAAGGGUUGGGUUUGAAUCGGACUGCUACAGGCCAUGAGUAUGAGAUCUCAGAAGAAAGCAAACUGGCCAGGGAGAGACAGGAGAAAGCAGUACAGGAACUUCUGAUGAAGCGUCGCACUGCUGCCUUGGCAGUGCCCACUAAUGACAAUGCUGUCCGAGCUCGGCUUCGUCGGCUUGGUGAACCUAUAACUCUCUUUGGAGAGAGGGAGAUGGAGAGGCGUGAUCGUCUACGGGCUCUUAUGGCAAAACUUGAUUCUGAAGGGCAGUUGGAGAAGCUGAUGAAAGCUCAUGAGGAUGAAGAAGCUGGAGGCACGGUGGGACCUUCUGAACCUGAAGAAGACAUUCAGUAUCCCUUUUACACUGAAGGUUCACAAUCACUAUUUGAAGCCCGAAGAGAGAUUGCAAAGUAUUCUAUUAUUAAGUCAGCAUUGCGCCUCCAUCGUGCAAGGAGAAAAAGGGAAGAUCCUGAUGAGGAUUUGGAUGCUGAGGUAGAUUGGUCUUUGAAGCAAGCAGCAAAUCUAGUACUAGAAAGCAGUGAGAUUGGCGAUGAUAGACCUCUUUCAGGAUGCUCAAUUUCACAUGACGGGAAGAUGCUUGCCACCUGUUCUCUAAGUGGAGUUGCAAAAGUGUGGAGCAUGCCAGAAGUAAAGAAGGUUUCUGCUCUUAAAGGGCAUACCGAACGAGCUACUGAUGUUGCAUUCUCUCCAAUCAACCACCAAUUGUUGGCUACUGCCUCUGCUGACAGGACUGCGAGACUAUGGAAUCCGGAGGGGUCUGUCCUAAGAACAUUUGAGGGCCAUUUAGAUCGCCUUGCUCGGAUAGCCUUCCAUCCAUCGGGAAAGUAUUUGGGUACGACUAGCUUUGACAAGACUUGGAGAUUAUGGGAUAUAGAGACUGGUGAAGAGUUGCUUCUCCAAGAAGGUCAUAGUAGGAGUGUGUAUGGAUUAUCUUUCCAUCAUGAUGGCUCCUUAGCAGCUUCGUGUGGACUGGAUUCUCUUGCUCGUGUGUGGGACCUGAGAUCUGGACGAAGUAUUCUUGCUCUGGAAGGCCAUGUCAAACCCGUUCUUGGUGUAAGUUUUUCUCCCAAUGGGUAUCAUCUGGCUACUGGUGGUGAAGACAAUACUUGCAGGAUAUGGGAUUUGAGGAAGAGAAAAUGUUUGUAUAUAAUACCUGCUCACUCCAACCUGCUUUCGCAAGUCAAAUUUGAACCGCAGGAGGGAUACUUUUUAGUUACAGCUUCAUUUGAUAUGACUGCUAAGGUUUGGUCUUCUAGAGAUUUUAAGCCUGUAAGGACAUUAUCUGGCCAUGAAUCAAAGAUUACGUCACUGGAUGUUGUUGCAGAUGGACACUACAUUACAACUGUCUCACAUGAUCGAACAAUUAAGCUAUGGGCGAGUAAAGAAGCAUUGAGAGACAAGGAAAUGGAAAUUGACUGAAGCAGAAUCAACUCAAAUUUGUCCUUCAUCUCUUCUGCGUUAUGCACCUCAUGAUCUCAAUUUCUGGCUGUAGAGGCAAGGAUGAGAAUGUAGAUGUCAUGUCUUAUGCUCUGAUUUGUAACACAGUUUUCUUUAUUUCUGGCAAAAUGAUGUCGCAAUCGCUUACUUGUAUGAUGCUGAAUUAAGGGAAUAUAAUCAUCUUGAAUUUG